GAACCCAGUGACGAGACGGUACAGUACCAUUUGAACGCUAUAAAAGUGAUAUUCAUUCACCAGUGGGGCUACAAAGGCAUUGGUAUGAAUUCGCUGUUCAGUAAAGAAACGCAGCAGAAGAUGAGCCAACGACUGCAGAGCAUUUUUUCUGAGAUCUCAGCAGAAAAAGUGUCAUUGAAUGUUUUGGCGGAAUUAUGUGAACUGCAGGACUGGGAAGAAAGAUACUGGACAAUAAUUUGGGAUAAUUUGGCCAGCUCGUUUCUUUACGCUCGUGAGUUUACGUGUUUUCUCGAAAAAAGUAACUCGUCAAGGGUAGAACACUCAAGUACACAGUUCCUCUGCCAUGGACUUUCAGUCUCUCCUUCUCUGCUAAUCCAUAUAAAGUUGUUCGUUUACCCAUCACUUUUCUCGGCCGAUAUUACACUUCUCGCGGCACACAGCAUCGAAUGGUUUCAGUUGAAGAAUCAUUUCUAA